GCUCCACGUAUGGGUACUUUCAUUGGUGUAUAUUUACCCUGUUUACAAAAUAUUUUGGGAGUUAUUCUAUUUCUGCGACUGACAUGGAUUGUGGGAACAGCAGGCGUUCUUGAAUCAUUCAUUAUUGUAUUCAUAUGCUGUGCUGGUACUAUGCUGACUGCGAUAUCAAUGAGUGCAAUAGCAACAAAUGGUGUAGUUCCAGCUGGUGGUUCGUAUUAUAUGAUCUCACGGUCAUUAGGGCCAGAGUUUGGUGGAGCUGUGGGACUCUGUUUUUACUUGGGCACAACUUUUGCAGGAGCUAUGUAUAUUCUUGGCACAAUCGAAAUUCUACUGAAAUAUAUUUCUCCUAAUGCUGCUAUUUUUCAUGGAAGCGAGGAGGCCACGUUAAACAACAUGAGAGUUUAUGGGACGUGCAUUGUUGCUCUGAUGGCGAUAGUUGUUUUUGUGGGAGUCAAAUAUGUCAAUAAGCUUGCAUUAGUCUUCUUGGCUUGUGUUAUCCUUUCAAUUAUGGCUAUUUAUGCAGGGGUUAUUAAAACUGCAUUUCAGCCUCCGGACUUUCCCUGUUUAGGUAUUAUGGCAGGUUCAAAUCGGUCUGGAGAUCUUCGGGAUGCUCAAAAAUCUAUUCCAACCGGAACAAUUUUAGCCAUCUCAACAACAUCAUUUAUCUAUCUUUCCUGCAUAAUUCUUUUUGGAGCCUGCAUAGAAGGGGUGGUUUUGAGAGACAAAUUUGGACAAGCAGUUAAUGGAAACCUAGUGAUUGGUACGUUGGCAUGGCCCUCUCCAUGGGUUAUUGUAAUUGGUUCAUUCUUUUCCACAUGUGGUGCUGGUCUUCAGAGUCUCACUGGUGCCCCCCGGCUACUGCAGGCAAUUGCAAGAGAUGGCAUUGUUCCAUUUCUUCAGGUGUUUGGUCAUGGAAAAGCCAAUGGAGAACCCACAUGGGCUUUGCUCCUUACUGCAUUUAUCUGUGAGAUUGGAAUUCUUAUUGCUUCUCUGGAUAGUGUGGCUCCAAUACUCUCCAUGUUUUUCCUUAUGUGCUAUCUGUUUGUGAACUUGGCCUGUGCACUUCAAACUCUUCUCCGAACACCAAACUGGAGACCUCGUUUCAAAUAUUACCACUGGACUCUUUCAUUCUUAGGAAUGAGUUUGUGUCUUGCUUUGAUGUUCAUUUGCUCUUGGUACUAUGCCUUGAUUGCCAUGCUCAUUGCAGGAUGUAUUUAUAAAUACAUAGAAUAUAGAGGAGCUGAAAAAGAAUGGGGAGAUGGAAUCCGAGGUUUGUCCUUAAAUGCUGCUCGUUAUGCACUACUUCGAGUCGACCACGGUCACCCUCAUACCAAAAAUUGGAGGCCUCAAGUCUUGGUACUACUGAAUUUGGAUUCAGAACAGUUAGUAAAACAUCCUCGGCUGCUUUCUUUUACCUGUCAGUUGAAAGCUGGAAAAGGAUUGACUAUUGUGGGAUCUGUACUCCCAGGAACAUACCUUGAUAAAUAUGCAGAAGCUGAAAGAGCUGAAGAGAAUAUUCGCUCUUUAAUGGGAACAGAGAAAACCAAAGGAUUUUGCCAAAUCAUAGUGUCCCCCAGUGUUAGAGAUGGAAUCUCUCAUUUGAUUCAGUCUGCUGGUCUCGGGGGGAUGAAACAUAACACUGUUUUGAUGGCAUGGCCUCAAUCCUGGAAGCAGACGGAUAAUAGAUUCUCUUGGAAAAACUUUGUUGGUAUGUGUUUUUUUUAAAUCGAUACGAGUAGAUUGAGAGUUUAUAUUUAUCGAAUUGACAGUUAUCAUGUUGAAAGUUUCAAAGAACUGUAUCCUGCAAUUGAUGGCUUGAUAACAGAGUGAAUUGAAUUUCACAAAGAAUUAGCCAGUUGCAUCCUCAUUAACAUGUAAUAGGCUCAGCAAUUCAGACUGCAGCUAGCUUGCUGUGAGAAUAUCUUUACGUCCUGAGAUAACCUGCUACCAGCUACUGUUCUACUAUCUUUUCCUUUACAGCUUGAAGGAUUUGGCCAUAACUUCCCUUCAGGUUCACAUAGAUAGGUCCUCCUAGCUUCUUGGAAGCCUUGCAUAAGAACUUGUUAUGCAGCUAAGUACAGAUCCUUUACAGAUUAUGCAAGAAAGGAAUAUAUUCAGUUCCCUUCAGUAUCUUUCCUUUGGGGUUUUCCAUUAUUUCCGAAGCAGUG